AAGGGUGUCUCCUCUGGGAGAUGCGGGCUGUGAUCCUGAACUCUAUAUAAGAUGACCAAGAGCUGUUCUGCUCCAGACUGUGCUCCUGAAGCUCAGCACUCCUGCUCCUCAUCCAGGUUGCCUCAGUUUUGCAGGGAGAUGGCCCAGCUCCAGGAAAACAUCAAUGGCAUCAUUGCUGCUUUUUACACGUGCACCAGAAGCGACGGCAACUGCAGCCCCUUGAACAGGGAGGAGCUGAGGCAGCUCUUUGAGCAGGAGUUUGGGGAUGCAAUAGAGAACCCCCAGGACCCCCAAACCGUCAAGCAGGUUCUGUGCUUCCUGGAUGAUGACAGCAACUGCAGGGUUGACUUCAGCGAGUUGCUCAGCCUGGUUUUCCAUGUGGCCAAGGCUUGUUACAAGCCACUCCAGCAGCACCAGGCACCAGAAGAUGGUCAAGAGGUGACAUCACAAGAGAAGGCAAGUGGGGAGCAGCCAUCGGAGCCGCACACAGCCCACCACAAUCAACAGGUCCCUGAGCAGGGUGUGGACAAUCAGGUUGAGGACACUGAGACACAGGAUCCAGACAACUAUCAAACCCAGACCAGUGAGACAUCAAAGCAGGACCAAGAUACCCAUAAAACCCAGGAGGGUGAGACACCAGAGCAGGAUGGGGACACCCACCAAACCCAGGAGGGUGAGACACCAGGGCAGGACCAUGACACCCAUCAGACACAGGAGGCUGAGCCACCAGAGCAGGACUACAACACCCGUCAAGCCCAGGAAGGUGAGACAUCAAAGCAGGACCAGGCAACCCAUCAAACUGAGGAGGGUGAGACACCAAAGCAGGACAAGGACACCCAUCAGGAUGAUGGGACUGAAGUACCAGAAAGGGAUCCAGAGAGAAGUGAAAUCCUGGACACUGCAACCCCAGCACAAGACAGAAAUACCCAUAAGGCUGAAGAUACUGAGACACCAAAGCAGGACCCUAAAAUCCACCAGGCCCAAGAAACUGAGGCACCAGAACAGGGUUCAAACCUCCCUCAGAGUCCAAAGACAGAGUCCGCAGAGCAGGACCCAGCUUACCCCCAGCACCCUGAAGCCAAAGUGCUGGAGCAGGAACACGGUGGGGCAGAAUCUCCAUCUUGUCCAGCACAGCAGCAGCACGACACUCAUCACCAGAGCCAACCUGCUAUAGAGCAACAGCUCUUGGAAUCUCUGUAUCAGUGGCCACCAAAGCAGUAAAGGCUGAAACAAGCCUCCUCCUUCUGAGGCUGUUGCUCCAUGCAAGGAGGUAAAGUUUGCCCAAUCCCACCCUGGUUUUCUCAUUUCUGCUUGUCACAUCUCGUCCAAUUCCAUGUCAGCCCUGAGCUUCCCACUCCUGGUUUGUGCUGAGCUAUGCAUGCUUAGAGACCUUCCCUCUUACCCUGUGCUAGGCUACCUCUGCCUGUGUAAGCAAAGCAAUAAAACUGAAGGCAUAC